AAAUACCAGCUGAGUUCAAAGCAUAUUUCAGCAGCAGGACGUGAACAACAGAAGUUAACAUGUCAUACAGAGAAUUAAGAAACUGCGCGGAGAUGCUGCGUUCCCUGGGCUUCCGGCGCCUCAUCUCGGUGGAAAACUUCCGCAGUCCGAACUUCCCGCUGGUGUCGGAGAUCCUGGUGUGGCUGGUCGGGCGCUUCGACCCCUCCGCCGACCUCCCGACCGACGUGGACACCGAACAGGAUCGGGUCAUUUUCAUCCGCUCCGUCGCGCAGUUCAUGGCAGCGAAGGCCCACGUCCGCCUGAACACCAAGAAGCUGUACCAGAGCGACGGGUACGCCGUGCAGGAGAUCCUGAAGGCGCUGACGCUGCUCUACGGCGCCAUCCAGAGCAACGCCCAAGGCCAGCACGACCUCGACGACCAGACGGAGACCACGCUCAACUUCGAUGUGUCCAAUAAGUCGGCGACUCGCAAACUGCUGGAGAAGCUGCGCAGCGAGGAGCAGCGCAAACUGGGCGCCAGCGACGACUCGGAUGACGAUGACACUGACGACGACGACGACGACGACGACGAGGAAGAGGAGCUGCUGAAGGACAUGACGAAGGAGGCGGCGGCGGCGGCGGCGGUGGCGGCGGCGGCGGCGGCGGAGCCCAAGAAGAAGAGUGCGAAAGCGCCUCUGGAUCUCCAAUGUGUUCUUAAAGUGUGUCCUAAGUAUAUGCAAAGUGUGCUGGAUCCCCUAGAGCCGCCAUUAACCUUGGCUGAGACUUGCAAUCUUAUUACAGCCGCGUCGUCGUCUCCGCCUCCGCCUUCGUUCCUGUCUGCCUCCCCUCCUGACCCCCUAAUUCUAACCCGCCCUUCCCCUCCCUCCCCCGCAGGCCGCCGCGUCUUCGGCAACAUGACGGGCGACCUGGACAGCGAGUCCCUGGACUCCGACACGGACCUGAACCUCGAGGGCGAAGCCGACACGGACCUGGACGGAUCCGACGUCGACCUCACCGGGGACACGCCUCUCGGCAUGGGCGCGGGCGUGGGCGUGGGCGGGGGCGUCGGGGGAGGGAUGGGCGGCGGCGUGGGCGUCGGGAUGGGCGUCGGGGGAGGAAAAUUCUCGAAGAAAAAGAGGCUCCAGGCCUCCCAUGCGCCGAGGUGGAUCAAUGACCCAAUUCUGACCAAGGAGCAUAAACGGGUCCGGGAGUUUGCUAAUUGUUGUAAAGAUAAUAUGACGUCAGAUAAAUUUCUGCAGUUUCUUAAAGCCAACACGGAAUUCAAAGAAUUAAAAACUCAGAUUCGCAGUAAACACUGGGAAUAA